CAAAACAGUAGUCCAAUUUUUAUCAAUCCCAAAACGUGGCGCUGAAAUUAAAGUAUUUUAAAAUGGAGCAACCAGGCGAAGAUAUCAUAAAAGUUCUUGAAGGCGAGGCUAAGAUGUUGCGUACUGAACUAGCAUUACAAAAUGCCGGAGUCGAAAAUAGUAGGCUCAAACUGGAGGUCUCGAGGCUAGAAGAGAUCCUGGAGAAGCAAACUAAGGUCCUGCAGAAGGCCGAGGACAACAGAAAGGAGGCUAAGCUGAUGUUCUCAACGCUGUUCGGAUUAAAUAGUGAUCUUGGGACUAACCCAACAGAUGCAUCAGAUCCAUUGAACAGUGAGACACCAUCAAAGAGUCCAUAUGGAGAGGGAAAGAAGGAGUUUUCCCAGUAAUACGCCUGCAAAACAGGACACCUUUAUAUAUAAGUCUGAUCAAUAUAUUCCAUAAUUCCAUAAUUUCCCCCAAUACACUAACAUUUCACAUUGAAGUUUUCGAAAUAUUUUCGAUAUUGGCUUUAUAAAAUGUUUAUUCAUCUAAAUUGAAGACAUACAUAAUAUUUGUAAAACUUUGUUCAAAAUAAUCUGUGUAACUAAUAAAUCACUUAACUUAAGUUCAA